AAAAGACCUUCCCGGAAAAGAUGUUCGCGGUCAACCCCACCACUCCCGUGAAGUCAAACAUCGCCGGCGACCGGCGGCUCCGGUCGAUAACCGGCGCCGGAGAUAAUGGCAUGAACCGGAAAAGGACGUACGUGAGACUUAGAGAACGAGGAUCGGUCAGAGCUGCGAUUAGUAGAGAAGACAAAGCGGUUGAGAGCUCUGUUCCGGUGCAGAGAAAAGAAGUAAAUAAGUCUCUGAUAUCUCCUUCUCCGUCUUCGUCUUCGUCUGGCGGGAUCGACGUCAGAGCGGUGGUGACGAUCAGGAAGAAGAUGAAGGAGAAGCUCACUGAGAAGGUUGAAGAUCAGUGGGAGUUUUUCGUUAAUGGGAUUGGCCGGGGGAUUCAGAUUCAACUCAUUAGUGAAGAGCUUGAUCCUGUUACUAAAUCAGGAAAGAGGGUGGAAUCAUGCGUGAGAGGGUGGCUGCCAAAGCCAUCAAACAAUUUGCACAUUGUUGAAUAUGCAGCAAACUUCACUGUCCCAAGUGAUUUUGGAUGUCCCGGUGCUGUUCUCGUCACAAAUCUUCAUGGCAAAGAGUUUUAUUUAUUAGAAAUUGUCAUUCACGGCUUUGACAAAGGCCCUAUCUUCUUCCUUGCCAAUACGUGGAUUCAUUCGCGCAAGGACAAUCCCGAGAGUCGAAUUAUCUUCAGAAAUCAAGCAUAUUUACCUUCACAAACACCACGAGGACUUAAGGAUCUUAGAAGGGAAGACUUGCUGAGCAUCCGGGGAAAUGGGAAAGGAGAGAGAAAGCCACAUGAUAGGAUUUAUGACUAUGAUGUUUAUAACGAUUUGGGCAAUCCUGAAAAGGAUGAUCUCGCUAGGCCAGUCAUUGGGGGUGAGAAGAGGCCUUAUCCUAGGCGCUGUCGAACUGGCCGCCCUCCAAGCAAAUCAGAUACUCAUUCGGAGACCAGAAUCGAGAAGCCUCAUCCGGUUUAUGUACCUCGAGAUGAGACUUUUGAAGAGAUAAAGCAAAACACUUUCUCUGCUGGAAGGUUGAAAGCUCUGCUUCACAAUCUUAUACCGUCUCUGGCUGCUACUCUGUCGAAUUCGGAUAUCCCUUUCUCGUGCUUUACCGACAUUGAUAAGCUGUACACCGAUGGUUUCUACUUGAAAGAUGACGAGCAAAAUGAAGGUAGAAGGUUUCCCAUUGGAGGAGAUUUCAUGAAACAGGUCUUGAGCGUUAAAGAAAGGUUGUUCAAAUAUGAGGUCCCCGCUAUUAUAAGAAGAGAUAGAUUUGCUUGGCUGCGAGAUAACGAGUUUGCGCGGCAGUGUUUAGCAGGAGUUAAUCCGGUGAACAUUGAGCUUUUGAAGGAGUUUCCAAUUCUCAGCAAACUAGACCCUGAAGUUUAUGGUCCGCCCGAAUCCGCUAUCACAAAAGAACUGAUAGAACAAGAAAUCAACGGAAUGAGUGUGGAAAAGGCUAUUAAGGAAAAGAGACUCUUCUUACUUGAUUUCCAUGACAUUCUUUUGCCAUUUGUGGAUAAGAUUAACUCCUUGCCUGGGAGAAAGUCCUAUGCUUCUAGGACAGUUCUCUUCUGUACCAACAGAGAUGUUCUGAAGCCAAUAGCCAUUGAGCUUUCUCUUCCCCCAUCGCCUUCCUCCCCUCGAAACAAGCGUGUUUAUACGCAUGGGCACGACGCCACGACUCAUUGGAUUUGGAAGCUUGCCAAAGCUCAUGUUUGCUCCAAUGAUGCAGGAGUCCAUCAAUUAGUUAAUCACUGGCUGAAGACUCACGCUUGCAUGGAGCCCUAUAUAAUUGCAACUCAUAGGCAGCUCAGCUCAAUGCACCCCAUUUACAUGCUCCUUCAUCCUCAUAUGCGAUACACUUUGGAAAUCAACGCACUCGCGAGGCAAAGCUUAAUUAAUGGAGGAGGAAUAAUUGAGGCAAGUUUCAGUCCAGGAAAAUAUGCCUUGGAGCUAAGCUCCGCAGCUUACAAGAGCUGGCGAUUCGACUUGGAGGCACUUCCAGCUGAUCUUCUCCGUCGGGGCAUGGCUGUGGAGGAUCCAACAAUGCCUAGUGGUGUCAAACUUGUGAUUGAAGAUUACCCGUACGCCACAGAUGGUCUCCUCAUAUGGUCCGCCAUCAAAGAAUGGGUAGAGUCUUAUGUUGAACAUUACUAUUCCGAGCCAAACUCUGUAACAACUGAUAAUGAGCUUCAGGCAUGGUGGGAUGAGAUCAAGAACAAGGGUCACCCUGACAAGAAAAACGAGCCAUGGUGGCCGAAACUUAACACCAAAGAGGACUUAUCCGGUAUCCUCACCUCCAUGAUUUGGGUGGCUUCAGGUCAGCAUGCAGCCAUCAACUUUGGGCAGUACCCUUUUGGAGGGUAUGUGCCUAAUCGCCCUACGCUUAUGAGGAAACUUAUUCCACAAGAAAACAGCCAUGAUUACGAGAAGUUCAUGUUAAACCCACAAAACACUUUCCUGUCUUCUUUGCCGACCCAACUUCAGGCCACCAAAGUAAUGGCCGUUCAAGAUACUCUCUCAACUCACUCUGCAGAUGAAGAGUACUUGGGUCAGGUGAACCCGCUUCAUGCCCAUUGGACAAAUGAUCAUGAAAUCCUCGAGUCUUUGAACAAAUUCUCUUCUAGGUUACAGGAGAUAGAGGAGAUCAUUAACAGAAGAAACAAAGAUAUCCGCCUUAAAAACAGAAGUGGCGCAGGCGUUCCGCCAUAUGAGUUGCUGCUUCCAUCAUCAGGCCCUGGGGUGACUGGUCGCGGAAUACCAAAUAGCAUUUCCAUCUGAUUGUUUUUGCUUUGUUUAGGUGAUGUAAAAGGUUUUUGAAUCUACCAUUUUCAGCACCUUGUAGUAAAACUAAGUACUAUCUCAUCUCCUCUCUUGCCGGGCAAAAAAAAAUAGAUACUACUGUUGCUUUAGUGAGUAGUGAUAAAUAUACAGGAUCUUAUGUACCGCACAGAAAAUUUUUUUCCAAA